AUGGGGAAGGGGGGUGGGGUUGGGGCUCCGAGGGAUUUUGGCCACUGCUACAGUGGGCCUCCAGGGCGGCUGUUACGUGCGUCGUUAUAUCCAGAGAAUUCCACACCACGAGAGACUGUGGUGUGCUGGCACUGGCUGGUUUCGAGUGGAUACCUCAAGGAACGACUCCAACAGGCGGACGAGGUGGUGCACGCUCUGAUAGAAAAGACGCAGAGACACGAUAAUGAAUGUAUCAAUCUCAUUCCAUCCGCCAAUUACGUUGCGAAAAGCGUUAUCGAAACUCUGGGGUCAGUUCUUCAAAAUCCUAAUUCUGAGGGUUACAUUGGAAAGAAAUAUUUUCCUGGCACAAAGAACCUAGAUGAAGCUGAGAGAUUGUGUCAACGACGAGCUCUCCGGGCUUUCAACCUUGAUGAAGCUGUGUGGACUGUCAAUGUACAAUCCCAUUCUCGAGAGCUGUCGCGUCUUCAGGCAUGCUCAGCUAUCCUCCGCCCACACGAUCGCCUUUUCACCUUGGCCCCGACGGGACGCAGCUACCUCUCGAAAUAUUUCACGACACUGAGUUUCAACAACCACCAUUCGACUUCUAACAUCGACUAUGGAGCACUGAAAGAUAUGAUCGUCGCCUUCCGGCCUCGUGUUCUGCUAUCGGAUGCUUCUGCUUCCGGCCGGCGAAUCGAUUACCGAACAAUAUCCGCAAUCUGCCGUUCCCUACGCAUCUAUGUUCUGCUUGACAUUACGGAAACGUCUGGUCUAAUCACGGGUGGUCUCAUCACUUCGCCAUUCGAAUAUGCCGAUAUUGUUGUCACCGGGACGCGGGGGUUUCUGCGGGGACCCAGCGGAGCAUUGAUCUUCUCUCGUAGGAAUGCAUUCGUGCAACGAACUGAUGUUAAGGACGCUGAAGAAUUGCGCAGUAUUGCGGAUGCGAUUGAUCAAUCCGUAUUCCCGGGGCAUCAAGGUGGGCCGCACAAUCACGCCAUAUCGGCCGUAGCUGUGGCGUUGAAGCAGGCCUCGACACCUACUUUCAAAGCAUAUCAAAGCUGCGCAGUGGAAAAUGCCGAGGCGCUCGCAGAUCGACUUACUUGUCUCGGUUACCAUCUGAACGCGAAUCACAAACCGACCUACUACUUGGUAGUGAAGCUUACGGCCGUUAAUGCCAGAUGGACGAAGCGGGUACUGGAUGCUAUCGGGAUUGCGGCGGACGUUGUCGUGGAGGAGAGUGAGCUUCACCUUGGCACGCUGGCUAUGACGUCUCGCGGUUUUCUUCCCGCGGAUUUUCGUUGGGUUGCCGACAUCAUCCACAAAGCUGUUAUCAUAACACAACUAUAUUACACCUUAUAUUAA